CUCAGAAUCUCCGAAACUACCCCAGACACAUCUGUCUGAAUAUUGUACAUAUUGCAUACGGCUUGUGUUGUCUUGUUACCUCGUCCGUCUACUUGUCCGCAUUCACCAAGCUGACGUUACCGAGUCCGCGCCAAUAAUCUUGCCACUCAGUGGUGCUGUAAUCGACUCGUAUUGCUCUUUGUCGCUGAGACCUACUUCUUCCUAUCCUUCCUGCACCUAACAUCCUUCAUUGCAAUUGAGUGCUAGGCAUCAUGCGCUUCACACGCAUCGUACCACUCCUUCCCUUGGCCUCUGCAUUCGUUAUCACGGACGCAGAGGUCUUUCAGAACCUCGAGAAGUCGGGAAAGUCACUCGUCGAUAAUGCUCAAACUGUUCUUGACAACACCCAAAACGUUCUUGAUGACGCCUUUGGUAGAGUGAAAGACGGUGCAAAGGACUUGUACAGCAAGAUUCACAAGGCUGGCUACGACGUCGAGUCUUGGCUCGAGGACUCGUCAUUCGAUCAUAGCGUCGUUGACUUUGAGGAAGACCCCCAUCAUCCGAAACACCCUCCGCAUCAUGGACCACCACAUGAUGGACCACCACACCAUGGCAAGCCUCGCCACCCACCACACGAAGAUAAGCCAAACAGAACGGUGUACGAGCUCAUCAACGAGAGCAAGUACACGACCAAGCUCGCCAAGCUGAUCAACGAGUACGAUGACCUGGUCGAAAUCCUGAACGGCACCAAAGCCAACUAUACCAUCUUUGCUCCGACGGAUGAGGCUUUUGCGAAGAUACCCAAUUACGGAAAGAAGCCGUCAAAGGAGGUUCUCAAGGACAUCUUGCUGUACCACAUCAGUGGUGACUUCUACCCAGGACCCCGCAUCUUCCACAGCUACACCAUCCCGACCCUUGAUGAGCCAGAGAAGCUCGGACACAAGCAGCGCCUUACUGUCCGAGUAGGUUUCAAGGGCUUUGUGCUCAAUUUCUACUCCAGGGUAGUUGCUGCCAACAUCUUCGGUACCAACGGGGUGAUACACGGCAUCGACUCGAUUCUUGUUCCACCCCCUAAUGUUGCUUCCAUUAUCGAAUUGCUUCCUGGCGAGUUCAGCACUCUCGCACUCGGCCUCACCAAAACUGGUCUGUUCGAUAAACUGAACAGCACCGACAGUCCGCAUAAGGGGGGCACGGUAUUUGCCCCUUCAAACUACGCUUUCCAGAAACUUGGUCACAGGGCCAACGCCUUUCUCUUCAGCAAGUACGGCGAGAAGUACCUCCGUGCUCUCCUGGAGUACCACAUUGUCGUCAACCAGACACUCUACUCUGAUGCCUUCUACGACUCGAACAAGGACGAUAGUGAGGAGGUUGCUACUCACCCACCACAUUUGCACUACGAUCUGCCAACGGUGCUCCACGACAAGUACCUUUCUGUUGACGUUAUCCGUUACGGGCCGUGGGUGUCAAUCGAGGUCAAUCGCUUUGCGAAAGUCAGUUCCAACGAUGGGGUAGCCAGCGAUGGUGUUAUUCAGGUCGUGUCAGAUGUCUUGAUCCCUCCCAGGAAUACCAAUGGCGAGCAGGCGUUCUGGCAAGGAGAGGAGCUGAGCGUCGACGAGAUCAAGGAGCGCCUUCAACCCUUCGUUGACGAGAACAUUGAGUUGUAGAAAUCUUUUCAUGGUUCAUGGUUAUCACAACGAUGCCAUAAACAUCUGAAUAGGAUUGAGCAACGUGGUCGCUGACACGAGAUGAAAACUUCCAUACAGCCAUCAUGGCUACUUACGAUCGUUAUGAGUAAUUUUACAUACAAUUUUCUGCUUCCAGUAGCGUAAUAGCGGCCCACGGUAGUAGCACGUAUAUGAUUUCUUGUAGCGAAUGAAAUCUUCUAUUGUAACUCUUUCCGA